AUGGUAAAGACACGGCGAAAGAGAAGGCUGACGACGAGGGAAAAACACCAACAACCGCGCGAAGAAGAAGAAGAAGAAGAAGAAGAAGAAGAACGGAGGACGAUACUAAAGAAGAAGAAGAAGAGAAAAAAGAGGAACACAAAAAACGAUUCAAAACACGAAGACGCUUUAAAAGCAGCGGAGGGAGUACAAAAAGCGCGAACGCAAAUUUGCGUGCAGUUGAGCGCGUUGCGACGUUCGCAAGCGUAUUUGGACACGUAUACGCUCGACGGAUGGCGCUCGUCGAAUCAGGAGAAGUUGAAACCAAUCGCGGAGUUAGCGAAGAAACGGGAAGAUAUUUUCUUCCGGAAGUUGAAAGUCAGAGAGUUGUUUGAGAAGUUAAACUACGACGAGAAGAAACUGGAGAAGUUCAAGUGCAAAGAAGAUGAGGAUGGGGAGAUUGAAUGCGAGGACGUGGUGUGUUGCGAGUGCGGAUCGGGCGAGUGCAACGAGGAGGAGAACGACGUCGUGUUUUGCGACGGGUACUGCGAUUUGGCGUAUCACAUGAAAUGCGUGAAACCGCCGUUGAAACCGGAAGAUAUACCGAAAGGCGACGAAGGAUGGUUGUGUCCUCUGUGCGAUUGUCGCGUGGACGUGAUUUACUAUCUGAAUUUGGAUUACGAUCAAAGGUUAGACAUUGAAACGUGCACGCACUUGGACGUGUUUAAAAAAGAACAGGACAUGUUCGACAAAGGUAUAAUACCUGGGACCUCGCGGUUUCAUUUACACGGCGAGAACGAAGAAGACGUGUGGCCGAGCGACGAAUCCGAGGACGAAGAUUUCAAAGAGAAGAAUGAAAAAGACGACGGUAAAGACGACAGCGACGAAUCGCUCUCCGGGUCAGCGGUAGUUCCGCAAUCAUCAUCUGCUAGCGAUGAUAGCGAAAAUAGCAGUAGUAGUAGCAGCAGCGAUUCGGCAAUCAUCAUAGAAGGACCUCGGAGAAGAACGAAAGUGGAUUACGUGAAAUUAAACGGCGACUUGUUCGGCGACGCCGUUUUAGACGGGGACGAAGAGGAGAAGCAAGACGCGAAAGUCAAACCGAUGGCGGACAGGCGCACGCAAUUAGCCGCGUUAGUCGCACUGAAUAAGAAGGAGAAAAACCAAAGCAGCAGCGGCGAGAAUAAGAAGGGAAAAGCAGCGAGGAACAAAACAGCUUCUCCCGUGAAGACGAAAGGAACGCAGAGAAACGGAAAUGGAGGAAAUAAUCGACGACGUAAACGACGAGGACGAGAAACAACAACAACAACAACAACAACAACAAAAGCAACAAAAACGAAAGCGUCUGCGCUGUUGUCCUCGAAAUCGACGAAAGCAAACGAGAAGAAGAAGAAGAAGAAGAUGAAGAUGAACAAGUAG